CUGGGCCGCAGGCGAGGAGCCAAGGGUCCGGUGGCGAGGGGCGGGCACAGGCUGCGGCGGGGCGGGGCGGGUGAAGCCUAUUAAAGGCCAGACGGGGUGGCCCGGCCACAGCGCUCCGGGCCACUAUGGAGCUAGACGGCUGCGCAGGGGGCGGGGGCGGUCGGCGGGAGGGCCCGGCGGGGAAUGGCAGGGACCUGAGGCGCGGCCAUGCAGCAGAGGCUCCCGGAGAGCCGCAGUCGGCUGCAUCUUUGCUGGCCCCCAUGGACCUGGGGGAGGAGCCGAUGGAGAAGGCGGUGCGCGCCCGCACGGCCAAAGACCCCAACACCUAUAAAGUGCUUUCACUGGUAUUAUCAGUCUGUGUGUUAACAACAAUCCUUGGUUGUAUAUUUGGGUUGAAGCCAAGCUGUGCAAAAGAAGUUAAAAGUUGCAAAGGGCGCUGUUUUGAGAGAACAUUUGGAAACUGUCGCUGUGACGUUGCUUGUGUUGAACUUGGAAACUGCUGUUUGGAUUACCAAGAGACAUGUAUAGAGCCAGAACAUAUAUGGACUUGCAACAAAUUUAGGUGUGGUGAAAAAAGGUUGUCCAGAAGCCUUUGCUCCUGUUCGGAUGAUUGCAAGGACAAGGGCGACUGCUGCAUCAACUAUAGUUCUGCGUGUCAAGGUGUGAAAAGUUGGGUAGAAGAAACAUGUGAAAACAUUAAUGAACCACAGUGUCCAGCAGGGUAUGAAAAAGCUCCCACCCUCCUAUUUUCUUUGGAUGGUUUCAGGGCAGAGUAUUUACACACUUGGGCUGGACUUCUUCCUGUUAUUAGCAGACUAAAAAGCUGUGGAACAUAUACUAAAAAUAUGAGACCAGUAUAUCCUACAAAAACUUUUCCCAAUCACUACAGCAUUGUCACAGGACUUUAUCCAGAAUCCCAUGGCAUAAUUGACAAUAAAAUGUAUGAUCCCAAAAUGAACGCUUUCUUUGCACUUAAAAGUGCAGAGAAAUUUAAUCCUGAGUGGUACAAAGGAGAACCAAUUUGGCUAACAGCUAAAUAUCAAGGCCUGAAGAGUGGGACAUUUUUUUGGCCAGGAUCAGAUGUGAAAAUUAAUGGAAUUCUUCCAGACAUCUAUAAAAUAUAUAAUGGUUCAAUACCGUUUGAAGAAAGAAUUUUAACUGUUCUCAAGUGGCUACAGCUUCCUAAAGAUGAAAGACCACACUUUUACACUCUGUAUUUAGAAGAACCAGAUUCUUCAGGUCAUAAGUAUGGACCAGUCAGCAGUGAAGUCAUCAGAGCCUUGCAGAGGGUUGACAACAUGGUUGGCAUGCUGAUGGAUGGGCUAAAAGAGCUGAACUUGCAUAGAUGCCUGAACAUCAUCCUUAUUUCAGACCAUGGCAUGGAACAAGGCAGUUGUAAAAAAUAUGUGUAUCUGAAUAAAUACUUGGGAGAUGUUAAGAAUAUAAAAAUUGUAUAUGGCCCUGCAGCUCGACUAAGGCCUUUAGAUGUUCCAGAUCAAUACUAUGCAUUUAAUUAUGAAGGCAUUGCUAGAAAUCUCUCGUGUCAGGAGCCAAACCAGCACUUCAAACCAUACUUGAAAUAUUUCCUACCCAAGCGUUUGCACUUUGCCAAAAGUGACAGGAUUGAGCCUUUGACAUUCUAUUUGGACCCUCAGUGGCAACUUGCAUUGAAUCCUUCAGAACGGAAAUACUGUGGAAGUGGAUUUCAUGGCUCUGACAAUGUAUUUUCAAAUAUGCAAGCUCUCUUUAUUGGCUAUGGACCUGGAUUCAAGCAUGGCGUUGAAGUUGAUUCCUUUGAAAAUAUUGAAGUCUAUAACUUAAUGUGUGAUUUGCUGAAUUUAACACCAGCUCCUAAUAAUGGAACUCAUGGAAGUCUUAACCACCUUCUAAAGGAUCCCGUUUACACUCCGAAGCAUCCCAAAGAAACCCGAUCCUUGGUACGGUGCCCAUUGACAAGCACCCCCAGAGAUGACCUUGGCUGUUCAUGUGACGACUCUAUUUUACCAGCUGUGGAUUUCCAGACAGACUUGAAUCUAUCUAUGGUAGAAGCCCAAGAGAAGAUCAUUGAGCGUGAUGCUUUGCCCUAUGGAAGACCCAGAAAUCUCCAGAAGAAUAACACUCUCUGUCUUCUAUACCAGCAGCAGUUUGUCAGUGCAUAUAGCCAUGACAUUCUCAUGCCCCUUUGGACAUCCUACACCAUUGACAAAACUGACAGUUUUUCUGCAGAAAACAUUCCCAACUGUCUUUACCAGGAUCCUCGAAUUUCUCUCAGCCCUCUCCAUAAAUGUUCAUUUUAUAGAAACAAUGCCAAACACAGUUAUGGGUUCCUCUAUCCACCAGGACUAAAUAAAGCUUUAAGUCUAAUAUAUUCUGAAGCACUGAUUACUAGUAACAUAGUGCCAAUGUACCAGAGUUUUCAAGUAAUAUGGCACUACUUCCAUGGCACCCUACUGCCAAAGUAUGCUGAAGAAAGAAAUGGUGUCAAUGUUGUCAGCGGUCCUGUGUUUGACUUUGAUUAUGAUGGGCAUUAUGAUUCCUUGGAGACUCUAAAACAAAACAGCAAACUCAUCCGCAAUCAAGAAAUUACGAUUCCAACUCACUUCUUCAUUGUACUUACAAGUUGUAAAAAUAAAUCCCAGACUCCCUUACACUGUGGAAAUUUAGACACCUUAGCAUUCCUUUUGCCUCAUAGGAUUGAUAACAGUGAGAGCUGUGCGAAUAGGAAGCAUCUAUCAUCAUGGAUUGAAGAGUUAUUGAAGCUUCACAGAGCUCGGGUCACAGAUGUUGAACACAUAACUGGACUCAGCUUCUAUCAAGAAAGGAAAGAACCAAUUUCAGAUAUUUUGAAGUUGAAAACAUAUUUGUCCAUUUUAGACCAAGAAGACUGAUUGUUUUUCUUUAUUGCAGAAACACACCAUAAACCUUUCCAGAAGAAUUUUCAUUUUUAUAUAGUCCUCAAUUCACACUAUUGCAUUGUUUAUAAACUGUUGACCAGAGUUUGAACUGGGAAUUCCUCUGUGAUUGUGACACUCUCAGGGAAACUUGUGGCCUCAACAUAGCAGUAGGACAGUGUUCCUACUGAUUCUUACACAUGGUUACGAGUGUAAGAACCAUAUGCAUUGCUCAAGUUUGGGAAAUAAAGACACACCAUAUCUAAAACUUCUCUCCUACUUCUCUCAAGGACAAAAGUAGCUAUGAACCCUGCCUAGAUAUCAGAGUUUGAAUCUCAUUUUCACUAUUAAGUUUUCAUGGAGCCGGCAGACACUAAACUAACGAUUAGCAUCGCAAUACUAAAUGUUGGAGAAUUUUCACAAAAUUUUGAAAGACUUUGGAUUCCUUUUAAGCUGAAGUUUCAUUUCUCUUAUAUUUAAUGAAAAAGGCAAUGGAAUGCUUCUGAGGUUCUAUUUUUAUGUUUUCUGUGUACUCGCUCACAGAGAACAUUUUUAGUUCUGUGUUGUUUUUUAUUGUGAUCAGGUUUCUCAAAUGUAAUGGCUGUAAGAACUUUAACUUUGAAAGCAGAUCUGUGACUUGAACCUAUCUACCUGUUAUAAGAUAGUUCACAUCUGUAAAAAAAAAAAAAAUCCCAUCAGCUCACUGGUUGAGCUCAACAUAGGUUGAAAACAGCUCUAAAAGUAGUGGUUAAGAUUGUUAAAAGGGUAUCUUGGUGAAACUUUCAAGAACUUGUUAACACAUGCAGGUGGCAUUUUUCCGUGAGAUUAUAAAAAUGUUUUCCUGUGUGUGCAUGCACACACACACACACACACACACACACAGUCUGCCAGAAGAACUUUACUGUAGUAAUUUGUUUAUUUUGAAGCUCCAUAAAUUUGAAGAAGCCUUCCAGCAUCACUUCACAUUGUCUCAGUGAUCAUGAUAAAUGAGCCAGAUUUCCCUGCUGCAUAGAUUAUGCCUUUUAAUUCCAAUCUGUGAAUCUUCAAAACCCACUUUCACUUUCCAGGACCCUGGAUCUGAUACUGAUACACCAAAGAUCUGUAUUUGACCUUUUUUUAAUAAUUUAUUUUAUUUUAAUGAGAGAGAAAGAUAUAUAGAUAUAUAAACUCAGUUUUGGCUUAUGGUGGUACUGGGGAUUGAACCUGGGUCCUCAGAACCUCAGGCAUGAAAGUCUUUUGCAUAACUAUUACAUUGUCUUUACAACCCUGUAUUUGACCUUCACAUGGGAAGUUUUAGCCUCAGGACCACAAAAAACCUUUAAAUAUUACAAUUUGCAUUUGAAUGUUAUUUCAUAAUUUAAAAAGUUACAUUGAUUUGUGCUUUGGUCCUUAAGGACCCCAGACUCUACUUUUUUCAGGGUUCUUUUUUUUUUUUCUUUUUAAAGUUCUGUAUUUAGAGUGGAUAGUUUCUGUUGUUUAAACUUUAAGAGUUCACUUAUUCCUCUGUUUAUUCUAUUCUGAUGUAGAACCCAUACAUUGGUUGUUUUAUUUCUAAAAACUCCAUUUUUACCUUUUUUAAAUUUAUUUACUGAGGAUAUUUAUCUCUCUGGAAACCUUAUUUCUUACUGAAACUCUUUUUAAAUUUGUUUCAAGCAUAUUUGUAACUACUCAAUGAGACAUUUUUAUAAUGACAUAAAAUCUUUGUCACGUAAUUCCAACAUCUGCUAUCUUUUUAUCAUUCAAAAAUAUUUCCCUGCUUCUUGGUGUGAUGAAUAAUUUUCACUUGAAACCUGAAUAUUUUAGAUAUUAUGUUAUACAAUUAAACCUGUUUUAGCUGGCAUUCUGUGACAUCACCCCAGUAGGAGACCUGUGCUAUUUUUUGCCAAGUGUGUCUAGGCAUUCAGGCUGCACAUUCAGCCUCUACUCAUAGCUUGAAGUGUGAGGUGAUUCUUGUAGCUGCUGAGGAGGGUAAGAACUGAGCUCCCUAAUGGGCUUCUGUGUCCCUAACUAGGAUGUACAGGGUGGUCACUACUGACACUGGUGUUUGGAGUGGCAGGAAAAGCUUUAUUAUCAGAGGCUGGGAUGUGGUUAGGAGUUACGGGAGCUAAACUUUAACAGCACAUAGUCUGGCCUGGCUGUAAACCUAGGCUUCCCAUUCAACCUUUGCUGAGGUAGGUAGAGCCAUGACCUUUUUUUGUGGAGCUAUUGAGCAUGCUUUCUUUGGACUCUUCUAGGAUAUUGACUUCUCAAUUCCAAUUAUGAAAUAUAUGAGCAAGCUAAACAACAAACACAAAUUGUUUCUUGGGUGUUGUCUGCAGUUUUCAGAAUCUUCCUAUUUGUUUAUUAUAUAAAACCCAACCUUUUUGUCUGCACUAAGCAGACUGAUAUCUGCUUCUUUAUAGAAGUGUCUCAUUAAUUUUUACAUAUUCUUUAAAACAUAUGCAGACACAUAACUGCCUCUGCUUAAAGCAUAUGAACAGAUCUUAACUUAAGAAAUAGGUGCUUCUCACCUUUCUCAGACACCAAGAAUGCAAAGAAGAACAAGCUAAAAAAAAAAAAAAAAUCCCAUAGCAUGAUGUCUUCUGGUUCCAUCCAAAAUGACUCAAAGGAAACAACCUUGUUUUUAACAGUUGAGUAAUGGUGUAUUGCAUCAAUGCAAAAGACUUCAGGUAAAGAGGGGGAGGGAAGGUUGGAGGAGAACUGUGGGGUCCUGGUGCAUAACAAAAUUAUACUCAUGUAGCAAUGACUGUGCUGUAAAACAAUCCCCUCAAUUAAAAGAAAUCCCUAUAGUUUUAGGGAAGGAGAGGAGGCAGUAGAAGUGUAAAUGAUACCUGAUAGGUAGUUAAGUGUUAUUUGCAGCCUUGAAUGGGGUUAGAAAGCACAAAGACAGGAGUUGGGUGGUAGCACAGUGGGUUAAGCACACAUGUCUCAAAGCACAAGGACCAGCCUAAGGAUCCGGUUUGAGUCCUCGGCUCCCCACCUGCAGGGGAGUCACUUCACAGGCGGUGAAGCAGGUCUGCAGGUGUCUGUCUUUCUCUCCCCCUCUUUGUCUUUUUAUUAUUGUUUUACAAUAAUAAAACAAGGGCAACAAAAGGGAAAAUAAAUAAACAAAAUCUUUUUUAAAAAAAGCACAAAGACACUAGAUGCUGCUUAACUAGCUCAGCAGAGACAUGUCAGGAGUGGUAGCAUUUGGGUUGCAGGAGGAAUUAGAACUCUGAGCUCUCCUGAAGUCUUCUGAUGGACAGGAAUGAAAGAGCAGUCCAGUAUCCUUGUGAAUACAUUUUUGACGUUUUUCCAUUUACUAUUAA